AUGCCGCUUGACCCAUUAUAUAACCCUGAUGGUGAUCAGACGACCACGCUCAGCCAUUUCACCACUCAGCAGAACGUCCAAGACCACGAGACCACCUAUUAUUUCGAUCAACUCAUAGAUCACUUUCAUCCCGAGAAGGGGACGUUCAAGCAGCGCUAUUGGCACUCCGAUGAGUAUUACAAGUCGGGCGGCCCCGUCGUCCUCUUCACCCCAGGAGAACAGAAAGCUGAUGGUUUCACCUCCCGCUUGGACAAGAGCACCAUGAGCGGCGCGUUCGCACACGCUCUGAAUGGCUCUGGCGUUGUCAUCGAGCACCGAUUUUUCGGCGAAUCCAACCCGUAUCCCGACCUCUCAUCCGAAAGCCUGUUGGUGCACACUGUCGAACAAGCGAUCGAAGACAUGGUUUACUUCGCAAGGAACGUCAAACUUCCUCAACCCGGUGGAGACAAACUUGCGCCCGGGAACACUGCCUGGAUCAUGGUGGGAUGCAGUUACCCCGGUGCACUCACCAGUUUCUUGGUAGAUCGUCAUCCCGAUGUCUUCUGGGCAGGCUAUGCUGCCUCUGCAGUUGUUCAGUCUAUCGCCAAUUUCUGGGGCUACUCGGACGCCAUUCGCCAGAACACCCCUGCCAACUGUUCAGCUGACAUCGCUGCGGCGAUUAACUACGUGGAUUCUGUUCUCGAGAAUAACGACACGGCCGAAGUUCACGCUGUCAAGGCCAACUUCGGACUACAGGAAGUCGUACACGUGGACGACUUCGUGGCUGCACUUAAAAGUCCUUUGAACUACUACCAGUCAAAUCACACGCUCUACGAGCAGUUCUGCGAUGCGCUCGAGGUUGACGAUGACGGUAGUGUUGCUCCCGCAAGUGGUUUCGGCCAAGAACACGCAUUCAAGGCCAUGGGCAAGUACUGGAAAGAAACUUACUAUCCUCGCUGUAUGUCUAGCCUCGGUACCCACAAUGCAUCUUCAACUCGAUGGAACAACACGGCGGCACCUAAUUCCGGCCGGUCGUGGAAGUGGUUGCAAUGCCGAAACUUUGGCUUCUUCCCCGUCGGGGCACCCGAAGGCUACCCAUCGUUCGUCUCCCGCUUCCUCAAGCUCGACCACUCCGAGAGGAGCUGCGAGUACGACUUCCCGGGCGCCCUUCACGGCACGCUCCGCUCCCCCGUCCUCAACGCGCUCAAGGUGAACUCCGACCACAACGGCUGGAACACCACUCGCCCGCAUCUCAUUUUCGCGAACGGCUGGCGUGAUCCUUGGCGCCAGGCGACCGUCGCCGCCGACGGUGUCCAGGCGUCCCACAGCGACAAGCAGCUUCGCCUCAUCGCUGACGGCGCGCAUUGCAGCGAUUCCUUCAUCACGCAUAGCAACAAGCAGAUCGAGGCGCUCCAGCAGACGGCCAUUCAGCGCAUGGUGGACUGGUUCGUGGAGGACUUCGGAUGGGUCCACUAA